AUGGGCCACUCCUCAUGGCUUACUCUCCUCCUCCCGCUGUUGGCGCACAUGCUGCCGUCGGAAGCGGCGGGCUCGGUCUGGGACUCGGAGCAAGAGCCCUUGAUGGGCCACUUUGACAAGAGCGCAUGCCCAGACUACGCGCUCUACGCGACGUAUCCCCACUACCCUUUGAGCGAUGGCCCAUUUGCCCUUCCUUACCAGCGGCCGGACCCGCGCUGCCGGACCUUUGAGUCGGAUGCCAUCGAGCAGGUCAUCAAGGAUAUCACAUCCCGCAUGGAAGAUCCCGAUCUGGCACGGCUAUUCGAGAACACCUUCCCAUCCACCACCGACACCACGGUCAAGUUCCACACAGAUGGGAAAGACAAGAAUGCAAAACGGGGCUCUAGGAGAGCCAGCCCAUUAGACGACGGAGAAUGGGAGGGCCCCCAGUCUUUCAUAAUCACAGGCGAUAUCUUGGCCGAGUGGCUGCGGGACAGCACGAACCAGCUGAAGCCAUACCAGACUCUUGCCAAGAAAGACCCCAGAAUAUUCAAUCUGAUCUUGGGCGCCAUCAACACCCAGAGCGAAUAUGUCAUAGAGUCGCCCUAUUGUAACGCCUUUCAGCCGCCGCCAAUCUCUGGCCUCCCAGUGAGCAUGAACGGGCAAGACGACCAGGUGCACCCCGCCUAUGAGCCCUCCGUCGUGUUCGAAUGCAAGUACGAGCUCGACUCACUGGCACAUUUCCUGGCUCUCGCCAACGAGUUCUACGAGCAAACAAAAAGCACAAAGUUCCUAGGGCCGAGGUGGUACCUGGCGCUAGAGAGCGUUCUACGCGUGCUAGAGCAGCAGAGCCGGAGCACAUUCGACCACGCAGCGCGGUACCGGACGAAUGAGUACACAUUCCAGCGAAAAACUAACACGGGUACCGAGACGCUAAGCCUCAAUGGCAUCGGCAACCCGCUGAAUAACGGGACGGGACUGAUCCGGUCCGCGUUCCGGCCGAGCGAUGACGCAACCAUCCUCGGCUUCUUCAUUCCGGCGAACGCCAUGAUUGCCGUUGAGCUGAAGCGGACCGCAGCCAUGCUGAGGUCGACCGGGGACAAGGGUGACUCGGGCUUGGCCGAUGCCGCCGAGGAAUGGAGCAAGCUGAUUACGAAAGGGAUCUGGGAGCACGGCGUAGUCAGCCACCGCAAAUAUGGAGAAGUCUUUGCGUACGAGGUCGACGGCUAUGGCAGCGCUAUCCUCAUGGACGACGCGAACUACCCCAGCCUGCUUGCGCUUCCGCUCAUGGGCUUUGUGUCGGGCAGUGAUGAGACAUACCAGAACACGAGGAAGAUGCUCCUCGACAAGGCCAGCAACCCGUAUUACCUGAAAGGGACGGUAUUUAGGGGAAUUGGCGGGCCGCACAUUGGUCUACAAAAUGCGUGGCCAAUGAGCCUGCUGGUGCAGGCGCAAACUUCGGACGACGACGAGGAGAUUAUGGAAUGUCUCAGGCUAGUGCUGCGGUCGAGCAAGCUCGGCCUCAUCCACGAGAGCAUCCACGUAAACUAUGCGGGAGCUUAUACACGGAGUUGGUUUGCCUGGGCAAACGGUGUCUUUGCCGAGACCAUCUUGGAUCUUGCAAAGCGCAAGCCCCAUCUCAUCUUUUCCGAUAGGAAGUCGUAUGAGCUUUAG